UCUUGCGCUCACCCCUCUGUCAAAUUGUGCAGUACCGGGUAAUAAAAGUAGUCCAUUGAAUUUCCCGCCAGCUUGUCAAAACCCGCCCAAUUCUGUGGUACUUCGGCUAAAAGUAGUCCAUGAAUGUGAAGUGUCGGGCGUGCUAUUUUGUUAUUUCAUUAAAAUAAACGUAUGGAAAUUAAAAAAAUUAACGUCGAGAAACGUUUGUUAUCAUAAGUGAUUUAUAUACAAUUCAUUUUGAAUGUUCGACUAAAAUAUCGCGGAGGAAUCGUCGCCAGCUUCAAUCCGGGCUAACUCUUCUACAAACCACAAACUAUAUCUGGACAGCGUUGCCACUACAGUAAUGGUGAAUGACAAAGAGGUAAAUGUGCGGACCAUUACGGUGGAGGACCGUACUGGGAAGGUGAAAGUCAGCCUGUGGCGCAACAUUGCAGCAGAGCCUGUGGUGUUGGGGGAUGUUGUUGCCAUCACCAAUAUUGUUGUCAACAGCAAGAGAUAUAACAAUGAGGAAUCCCUGUCGUCAACACAAUUUACAAAGAUAGAGGUUACUGACAUGCCAAACACCGAGAUGACGGCCACCAUUCUAGGACUUGACCUGGGUGAUGUGCAAUCCCAGUUACUCACAGAACAGGAUGGAAUCUUCAAUGUAUCAAACGAAGUGCUAGUUGCAGCCUUUCAGUGUCAGUUGGAAGACAUUACAGCCAAACUACCAAACACACUGAAUUUCAUAGCCAAAGGACAGUCUGUGGUCACCUUUAAUGAGUGA